AUGGACAAAGGACUUUUAAAUGGCAUUAUAUUUCUUGACUUAAAAAAUGCCUUUGAUUGUGUGGACCAUGCUAUUUUGAUAGAAAAAUUUAAAAAGUUUGGCUGUGUUGGUAAUACGUUAAAUUGGUUCAAAUCAUAUUUUACGAAUAGAAAACAGAUAGUUAACCAAACGACAUCAAAAUGUCGAACAGUUUCUUGCGGAGUACCACAAGGCUCUAAUCUUGGGCCAAUAUUAUUUCUGCUAUACGUACAUGAUUUGUCAAAUUGUUUAAAAUCAACAACAGCCAGCAUGUUUGCAGAUGGCACUAAUCUGACAGCGAGUAGUAGCACAUCAACUGAGUUGUACAAUAAAUUAAAUAAUGAUUUAGAAAAUAUACAUCAAUGGUUGUUGGCUAACAAAUUAACACUUAAUACGAGUAAAACUGAAUACAUGAUUGUUGGCUCCAGACAGAGACUAGGCAAAAUAGAUGAUGAAGCUGAAGAUAAUAAAAUAAAAAAGUUUCAGAAACAAAAACUUUAG